UAGACAGCAGACAGUAGACAGCAGACAGCAGACGGAGAGACUAGCUUGGAGAAAGAGCCGAGAAUUGGCCAGAGGCAAAUGGAAGUUGAAGUGACUGUGCAAGUUGAAGUUGAAGUGGCAGUGGCAGACGAGGCGGCUACUUGAUUAGUCCCACAGCGAUCGCAGACCGAGACGGACCAGAGUGUUAUUGGAUAGCUUACAUAGUUCUAAAUCGUAAAAAGGAUGUUGUGGGACAAGAAGGCAGCGUUUCUCCUUGUUUUUGCGAUCACUGCUUUCGAAGUGGAGGACAGCAAUGGAUUCAGGCGAAACUUUGAGGCGCGUCAGAGCAGCAAUUCGAAUAUUCCCCUGUGGAAGCAACGAGCCUGUGAGAAGUCGCAGAAGCAGAAGCAGAAUGCCCACUACGUCUGCGAUGAAAAGGGCGACUUCAAGUGCCUUCCUGGAUGGCAGGGCGACCUCUGCCAGGUUCCCAUGUGCCGCCGGGGUUGUGAUCCCAUGAACGGCUACUGCCAGAGACCCGGCGAGUGCAGGUGUCGCAUCGGAUACAGCGGCGAACUCUGCGACAAGUGCAUCCCGCUCCCCGGCUGCCAACACGGCGGCUGCACCAAGCCCUUCGAGUGCAUCUGCAAGCCCGGCUGGGCAGGACUCUUCUGCACGGAACCCAGUUGCCGGAGUGGAUGCCACAGCACGCGCGGAUACUGCGAGGCUCCAGGGGAGUGCCGCUGCCGCAUUGGGUACGCCGGACGCACCUGCUCCGAAUGUGCCACGAUGCCGGGCUGCCAGCACGGAACGUGCAACAAGCCGCUCGAGUGCCUCUGCCUUCCCGGCUACACGGGUCUCCUCUGCCAGACACCAAUCUGCGAUCCUGACUGCAGCAAGCAGCACGGAUAUUGCCGCAAGCCAGGCGAGUGCCGCUGCAAGGUGGGCUGGACGGGCAGCCAGUGCGACAAGUGCUUUCCCUAUCCUGGAUGCGCCAACGGGGAUUGCGAGGCGCCGUGGGAGUGCAACUGCCAUCCCGGCUGGGGAGGAAUGCUCUGCGACGAGAAACUCACCUACUGCGAGGAGAACCCGGAGACGUGCGAGAACGAGGGCAAGUGCACGUCGCUGAGCCGCGAGGAUGGGAGCUUCCGGUGCCAGUGCCGCCAGGGCUUUCUGGGCAAGAACUGCGAGAUACGCGAUGACUUCCUGCUGACCUCGGUGGCGCCACCGCGCAUCACGCCACCCACCACCGCCACUCAGCAGCUGGUGCAACUGGAUCUCGACCAGGAAAGGGAGCAGGAGCAGGAGCAGGACCUCGGCACAGGUGUGAGCGAUGACAGAAGGACGGAAAAGUUGCCAGCGGGUAACGAGCCGGAGCGCCGGACAAAUGGCACCGCAUCGGUGGCAACCACAGGAGGAGCAGCAGCAGGAGGAGGAGGAGGAGCAGCAGCAGGAGGAGGAGGAGUAGGAGUACUACCCCCCAGCAGCAUCGCCACAAGGACAACGACGACGGCAACUGGAGCUGGCAGCCACAAUGCGACUAAUGAAGCGUUAAGCGCCGUUGCGCCACCACUUGCACCGAUUCCCGCCACCGCAGCAACAACCGCGGGCAGAAGGACUCCCCCGCCCACUGGGGGAAAUGCAACAAGUGCGGCAGGACCUCUGCCACGCCCCCCCACACCACUCGCUAGCCAGGAGCAAACAAUAGUAACUUUGGCAACAGCUGCAACAGCAACAGCAACAGCAAAUGUGGCAACUGCAGCAACACCAACAGCAGCAACAGCAACAUCGGUGGGCAUCCGUGACAAGGAUAAGCCAAAUGGAGAGGAAGAGGAGGAGGAGGAGGAGGACGAGGACGAUGAGGAUGACGAGGACGGGGAGUACGAUGAGGAUGAGGACGAGGACGAGGACGACGAGGAGGAUGACAGCGAUCAACUCAUACCAAAUAUUAUAUAGUUAC